AUGAAUUAUCGCCUCCUCAGCUGGACUGUCUACACACUGCUUUUAUGCUUACGUUUACUAUUUGUAUUCAAUCUGCAAUCUGGUUACUUACAUCCAGAUGAAUACUUUCAAAGUAUUGAAAUAGCAGCAGGUGAUAUUUAUAAUUUGGAUGUACUGAGAACAUGGGAGUUUAGCUUAGAUGAUAAAGGUCCUCUCAGAUCUGUGGCUGGAAUGUCACCUUUUGUACAUAUACCAAUUUUAUUCACUAAGUGGAUUUUGGAUAAACUUAAUUCUAAAACUAUACCGAUUCACUACAAUGGAUCUGAUUUGAUUAAUCGUGUCCUACUUCCUUCCCGAUUGAUUACUGUUCUUGGCUCAUAUUUGAUAGAUAUUUUCAUAUUACGCUGUUGUCUACAUCAUCAACCUCGUCAUGAGCGUUUAUUGAAGUUAUCUAGAAUUCAGUACAUCUUAAGUAUUGUUAGAUAUCAUUCUGUGCCGACUGCUUCCCUGUUGUAUGCAUCAUGUGCAUUUGGUGGAAUGUUAAUGUCAGGUCGUACAAUUGUCAAUACAUGGGAGUCGAUUUAUGUUUCAUUGUUUGGUCUAUUAUUCCUUGAAAUCAUGAAGUAUCUAGAUCAGUCAUCUAGUUUCACACUAAAAAAGCAAUCCACUACUACUAUUUUCAUGUAUAUUCAAUCUGGACUUAUUGUAUGGUCUACCUUCUUACGCCCUACUUAUAUAUUAUUUAUUCUUCCUUUAGGGAUUAUUGAAUUGAUACUCUUAAUCAUGAAAUGUAAAGUAAUUUUUAUUCUUCUUCGUCUUCCAGUUAUUGUGUUUGUUGCUCUGUUCAACGUCUUCAUUUGUGUAUUAUUGGAUUCAAUUUACUUUCAGAAUGUCAGUGUACUACACCCCCUUCAAGCUAAUGUCUCACAAUUUCAAUUAAUUUGUACACCUUGCCGAUUUUUCGCUUAUAAUUCUAAUCCACAACAUGUUUCUUCACACGGUUUACACCCUUGGUUUACUCAUUUUCUUGUUAAUUGGCCUUUGAUAUUAGGACCUAUUUUUGUUAUCCAGUUGUUUACUCACCCUUUACAGUACCGUUCGCUUUCAUCUUGUGUUGCUUGGGUUUGUACAGUAUUCCCUACACUGAUUCUAUCUUUAAUACCUCAUCAAGAGGCACGUUUUCUUAUUCCAUGUCUACCAUAUGCUUGUUUUGUUAUUGGUCAAAGCAUAGAUGCUAAAGCAAAGAUUAGGAAAAGGAGUCACUUUUCCUAUAUGGUUGUCAUUUUUGCCAUAUUGUGGUCAAUUCAUCAACUGGUCUUAGUUAUAUUUUAUAGUCAUCUGCAUCAAGCUGGUUUAUUGUCUUAUAUGAAAACUAUUCCGAGCAAUUUAACUGAUGAAUGUGUAAAAUAUGUAUUCUUUAGAACGUAUAUGCCACCUCGGUUUCCAUUGGGUAUAUUUAGAACACAGUCUUCAAAUUCUCUGAUCCAAUCGUGCAAAUCACUCAUCGAUCUAGGUGGAUCUAGUAUAUCAGUUCUGAAUAGUACAAUAAAUGAUUUAAAAGUAAAUCAGAAUUUCUCAGGAAUUAUCAAAUUGAUUUAUCCUGGAUCUCAAUUACCUUUGGAAGGUUUCUCUGUUUCUUCUUAUGGUGAUCUUAUUGAAUUUGAGCAAUUUUUCCCACAUCUCUCUAUGGAAUAUCCACCAUCGAUUUUAUCUGCUGUGAAAGAAUUUGAUUCCACUCAAAAUUAUCACACUCCACAAAAUACAUGUACAAAUCGAAUUCCGAACCAUUUACAAAACGGGGAACCACUUCAUUCUAAUAUUCCACUGCCCAAGUUAACCCCAUCACCACAGAUUAAAAUCAGGUCUCAUUUAUCCAGUAUAAACAAUAAACCAUUUAUCACUAAUACUACUAAUUCUACAUUCCAAUCCAGUAGACUGUUUCCCACUCCACCAUUGAUUUCAUCCAAAUCAACGACUAACGAUGAUGUUGGUGGAUUACGAUCGAAUAUCCCAUUACCACCAAUUCUAUCUGAUAUGGUCAACAACAGAAAAAGUAACACUGAAAAGAAUAGUACUUCAGUGGCGUUGCGUAAUGACACUUCCCAUACAUCUAUCGUUACCAGCCAACGGGAGUAUUGCACUCUAGCCAAUACAAAUAGUGAAUCGUUCACUCUUAAAAAUCUCACGAUACCAAUCUGUUCUGAUUUAAAUCGUAUUCCUGCAAAUGUACCACCUUUAUCCUCAAAUCCUGUUUCUUCGUCUGGAUUAUGUUCAUCACGAUGUUUAAAUCACGAAAGUUUGGAAACUGCUAUAUUGAAUCGGACGUUCUGUUUUGUUAGUUCAAGUGAUGCUAGCAAACCACCUGGGAAAUAUGCUCGUCCAACAUCUAUUCGCCGAAAGCUUCAACCUGUUACUGCACCUCCAGUUUUAAGUCGUGAUGAAACAACUCCCACUUCUACAGUUCAGUUACCCAGCGGAGAUGGAAGUAUUAUGCAAGUUAAGGGUAGCAACACAGUAGAUCGCCGUAUGAAUGAAAGCGGUUAUAUCGAAGAUUCUUGCUCUGUUUCGAAUGAUACAAAAAAACACUCAUACAGAAAGCGUAAAACAACCCAAGUCCUCCACCAAUGUCUUCAAACAGUACCUGUAUCUUCGCCUAAUGUCUCGAGUCAAAUAAUAUCAACAUCUGAUGGUUCUACAUCACCAUUGUCUGUCAGUGUUUCUAAUAAAUCCAAACCACCGGAAACUGGAUUACCUAAUUUGAAUCCCUCUGCUUCAACGUCUUAUUCACCUGCAAAGAAUAGUAGCCACAAUAAUAAUAAUUAUAAUGCAUUAUCCACUUCAUCCACAUUGAAAAUACUUCUCAAAAAAGUAACUACGGCAGUUGGUUGUGAUAGCACUAAUCGGAAGCAUUACUUUUUCGAAAAGAGAAACAUAUACAAAUCUACUCAACAACAUUCCACUUACUCUGCUACUCUCUCAAAGUCAUUGCAUCGUCGUAAACAAAGUUUUCCAAUGAAAAUGCCCAGUGGUUCGGAACAAAUACAAAUACCAGUUUUUAGUCCAAUCUUGCAUCCUUAUGGUUAUCCUAUUGAAAGCGUUGCAUCGUCAGGGAAUGUAGAUGUAAUGCCUACAUUAUCACAUGAAUCAUCCAACUCAUCGUAUAAGUCAGCUAGUACGCUAGACGAUACAGAUGAGGAAAAUGACUUGGUUUUUUUGGGAUUUACGCAUAUCAGAACGUCGCGUAAAAGGCUUCAACCCUCACAGUUUCCAGAGACAAGUUCAACUGCACCAUCCAAUGCUCGGAAAGCUAAACGUCAAAGGCUUCAUACUUCGGCCAAUCAUUCUAGUUUUAGACAUGAAAAGUUAAUAACUUCUGCGUCCAUUCGGAAGAAAUCACAUAAAAACACAAACGUAUAUUCAACAGCUCAAUCUUCUUUCACUACUUCACAUCUCUCUUCAUUACCUAAUUUAUCAGUUACUCUUGAACGUCUUACUGGCUUUUCAGAAUCCAAUCGUGUUGAUUUGCCUUCACUGAGUGUAAAAUUGCCUACUUCCAAGUAUUCUCAUGGUAGUAGUGGACAAUGUGUUACUCCAGACGAAUGCAAUAAUCCUCUUGAUUCGAUAAUUCAAAAUGUACAACUGGAAGAGUCGAGUGAGAUUUCGAUGGAACAUUCAUUAUUGUCUACUGCAAGCUCACCUCUUUUCGAACAUUCUCACAACAAUAAGCCAAAUUCGACUUCAGAUAAACACAAUAAUAAUUCCUCUGAAUCAGAAAGUCAGCAUACUCAAAUCUUAAACUCCGAUGACUUUUCAGUGAUGCACUCACCAUCACUUACUGUAAAUUUACCUCUGUUAGACUUUUCUGCUUACAGCGAACAGUAUAUAGCAUCCGAUAAACCUUGUGAGUCAAAAAACCAACUGGAGAUAAUAGCAAGUUUAAAUAAUUUCCCGACUAUACAUUCAUCACCAAAUAGCUUAAAUCUACUGUCAUCCAAGCAUUCUAAUCAUAUAGAAGGAAAUAAAACGUCGAAUGAACUCAAAAAACCGACUGAGUUGAGAAAACGACGUGAGAUACUUACAACUCUGGAUGAUUUUUCAACGUUAAAUUCAUCAAAAACUGGUUUAAAUUCAGAUCCAUCGAAGAAGCAACUUAAACAACUCAGUAUUCCAGAUGAAUUGCUAACCAUACAAUCACGAAGUGAAAUGGAUGCCGAUGAGAUCCAAGUGGAUAUUUUAACAGGAGAGUUAUUUAUUAAAAAUAAACCAUUAAGAUCUUUAGUUAUGGAUUUAAAGCGUCCGCGAUAUUACCAUCUUGGUUUGGAAACUAAAAAAUCACGUUUACAACCACGAGGUGGUCGUAAUCAACCUUACAGAAAUUCUAAACGUCAACGUCAUUUUUCAAACAGUGCAAAAAAUAUGACCAUUACUCUUGUUGACAAGAAAAUAUUGACGUCGAAGACGACAACGAAGACAACAACAGGCAAAGAAAAACCAGUCAGUGGAGGAUCAGGAGGGAAGAGAAAGAAAAAUGAAAGCAAGAAUAGUUGAUUACACUAGACUUUUUAUUGCCUCAGCAAUCAGAUAACAUUCACAAAUUCAUUCCAGUACCUUAUUUCUUUUUACAUUGUUAACUUUAACAAAUCAUAUACGUUAGGGAUUGACCAUCAUGUACAUAGUCUACCCUAAUUCUAAUCUCACACAACAAGGGAAUUAUGUUGUUGGUUUAUUUCUGUGGGUACCGUUCUUCGCUUAUUCAAGAUCAUUAUAUAUGUGAUUUUGCCUAAUGUUGUUCAUCAGCGUUUUCCG